CCCGCGCUUCUUGCUCACCGAGCUGCUCAGAGGGGAGAGAGCUCCACACCGGACGGCGACGGCGGGCGGCGCUGGCCCAUUCGAUUUCACUGCAGCAGCAAACCAAGCCAAGAGAAGGGUGUAUCCUGUUCCUGUUCCUGUGCAUUGCGACACCAAUUACUGACAUCCAAGCAUUUCUUCAGUGCAGUGAGGAUUCUUUGCUCAAACAGCGAGUUAUCCAUCUAGCAUCCAUCCAUGGCGUCUCUUCUUCUCCCUCCUCAGUUCGCUUGCUCCCUGCCUUAUUACUGCAUCAGGGGUCAAUUGCAUUAUAAGCCCACCAUCUGGGGAAAGAAUAUGACCAAGACUAAAAUGGGGUUGCUUCACCGAAACGCGAGUUUUGUGUCAAAGAAGAGUUCUCAAGAUGUAGAAGAAGGCUCAAGUGGUGAAGACAGUGAUGCUGAGACCCCAAAGGCCAAGAAAAAACCUGCGAAACGUGGAAGAAAGAAAGCCACCAUAGAUACAUCAGAUGGGGACACAAAAGAAGGCCAAAGUGACACUGAAGAUGCAUCCCCUGAACAGCCUAAGAUAGUUAAAAAGAGAGGUCGGAAGAAAGCUGCCACUACUGCAUCCUCCGCAGAGGAGGCUGACAAGCCAAAAGAACCAAAGAAGAGGGGCAGAAGAAAAGUUAAGACGGCUGAACAAUUAAGUGAUGAUGAAGGGGAAGAUCAGAGCAAAGAUCUGAUGCCCUCUAAUGAAAUGGAAGUUCACAGUUCAGUCAUUGAUCUUGAAAGUAAAGUAGAGGCAUUGUUAUCACAGGAUAUUGGAGAGGUUGACAAAUUAACGCCUCUUGUCUGCUGCUUUGGACCAGCCAAGUACUCAUUUAUUCCUUCUGGAAGACCUGCUAAUAGGUUGGUGGAUCGUGAGAUUCAUAGUAGGAUGAAGGAUAUGUUUUGGUCUCCAGAUGAAUUUGUGAGGGCACCUGGAGGGUCAUCAUCCAAUGUCGCCCUUGCUCUAGCAGCUCUUGGAGGCCGGGUUGUGUUCAUGGGAAAAUUAGGCGAUGAUGAGUAUGGUCAGAGUAUGCUGUAUCACUUAAAUGUCAACGGAGUUCAAACUCGAGCAGUUAGUUUGGAUCCUUCAGCGCCGACUGCCAUGUCCUUAAUGAAGGUGACCAGCAGAGGUAGCUUGAACACAAGCUGUGUUAAACCAUGUGCAGAGGAUUCUUUUCUGCAAUCUGAUAUCAACCCAGAUGUUCUAAAAGAGGCUAAGAUGUUUUACUAUAAUUCGUCAGCUUUGCUAGAGCCGACUACACGGUCAUCAUUGUUAAAAGCGAUUGAGGUCUCCAAGAAAUUUGGUGGAAUAACAUUCUUUGAUCUUAAUCUUCCAAUGCCACUAUGGUCAUCUAGUAAGGAGACCAAAUCACUCAUCAAGGAUGCGUGGGAAGCUGCUGAUAUCAUCGAAGUCACGAAGCAGGAACUUGAGUUUCUCUGUGGUAUUAAACCAUCUGAGAAUUCUGACACAAAAGACGAGAAAUCUGAAUUCGCACACUACAGCCCAGAAGUUGUUAUGAAGGUAUGGCAUGACAAUCUGAAGGUCCUCUUUGUGACCAACGGGACCUCGAAGAUACACUACUACACAGAAAAACAAAAUGGCUCGGUUCGUGGGACGGAAGAUGCGCCGAUUACUCCUUUCACCAGUGAAAUGUCACAGUCAGGAGAUACCAUUGCUGCAGCCCUGAUGAAUAUGCUGUCGAUCAACCCUCACCUGGUGACGGACAAGGUCUACUUGCACAAGACAGCGAAGCACGCCAUCAAAUGCGGCGUCAUCGAUCAGUGGCUGGCCGCACGGGAGCGGGGAUUCCUUCCCAGAGGGAUAGCAGAACCAAGCAGCGAACAUGAGGAAGCAAGAUUUAUCACGGAGAGGGAAUACCGUACCAUCCCCGACGCCAUGCAACCCGUGAACCCAUCGGGCAGCGAGCUCGCGCACGUGGAGUGAACUGAAGAAUGUGUAGGAAGGAAGUCGACAUCUAUACACUACACGGCGCUUACGUGCUCUUAGUUGGAGUUGGUGUUCAGAAAGAUUAGCUUAAACCUGCAGUUUCUCGCCUAGGUUCGCAACUGGAGUUAGUGUUCAGGAGGGUUAGUUUUAGACCUGCUGCUUUCUAGUUUGGUAUGUUUUUCUUUUACAGAUAGAAGGAACACUAGUAGGAAGUUGAUGAGGUCUGAGAUUUCUAGCUGGUGUUUAAAGCCCUGUGGGUUGUGAGCUGUGCUGUGGUUCAUUGUCCUAAUAACAUCCUAUAUGAAAUGCAUAUGUCAGUCAGGUACUUGUUAGAAAUCUUAGCUCCGAAUACAUACAUGAAACCAAAGAGACCUGCCUUUCAAUUCAAAGUUUGUACUAGCUUA